AUGCUCUGCAGCGGCCUCAGGAUGGGCAAUGAAACUGAUUUUGACAAAGUCGCUGCCGCGUUUUCACUGUCCAGGGUCGUUCCCGACACGGAGCAGAAAUCAAGAAUACAUCUUGCGCAGCCCGACUAUGACACCUCAAUAGCCACACAUCUUACAGAGCUUGCAAGACCAGGGAGUCUUAUGAAACCAUAUGAUUCUGAAAUUGAUGAUCUUCUUGAUCCCGGGGUAGAACACCGGCCGUCCCGCGACCUCCUGUCAGAACCUCAUAUCGAUCUCGUAAAUCGCUGGAGAUCAACUUGCAAACAGAGUCACCGGGCUUGUCCCAUAACAGGCUGUAUCCAGCAGUUACCUAACAGAGUCCUCGAGCUUUUGGAUCCGGGUAAUGAGAAGACUGGCGUGUGUCUCGUCGAGACCGGCGGCAAGAUGCAGGGGAUCUAUGCCUGCCUCUCUUACUGCUGGGGUGAUUCAAGGAUUCAGACAGGCCAGACCACUCGUGCAAAUAUAUUGAGUCGACAACAGGGAAUUUCAUUUGAGGACCUGCCGAAUACAGUCAUUGACACCAUUCAUCUGUGUUACAAGCUCGGGUUCCGAUUUCUCUGGAUUGAUAGGCUGUGUAUUAUACAAGACGAUGAUAAUGACUGGUCUAUUGAAUCAUCGAAAAUGUGCGAGAUCUACAGCAGGUCAACCUUGACGAUAUCUGUCCCCCUCUGUAGCCAAUCGUCACAGAGCUUCUUGGCAGAGAGGCAUAAGAAUUUCCGAGAGCAGAAAGGCCCAUGGUUCUUGGAAUACGACUGGUCCUCAUUUUCCACCGAUCGAAACAAUGACAAAAACCAUUGCUCGAUGGUGGCAGAGUUCUCAAAACGAGAGGUCACAUUUGAGAGAGAUAGGCUGCCUGCACUGGCUGGGCUCGCCGCUCGCUAUCGCGAGGUUACGGGCUAUACGUACCUUGCUGGCCUGUGGCUCGAGGAGAUACCACUUUCACUGAUGUGGCGGCCUGUUCCUCGCACUUUGCACAACCAACAAGGGUUGGCCAACCAUGGGGCUCCAUCGUGGAGCUGGGCCUCUUUCAACAAGGCCGUCCAUUCCCCUCACUCCUCCGUCAUUCAGAACUUUGCUGCAAGAUCGUCCAUAGCUUCUUUUUGUUGCCGGUAUAACCCCCCAGACUCAAUUUCCGCGAUUGAAGAAGCAUGGAUCAACAUUGGAGGCCGUGCUGCCGUUGUGACAGAACAACGGGAUCAUAAAAUCAAGGCUGGAGAUACGUGGUGGUAUUCAACUCCAGAUGACGGAGACAGGUACCCAGAAAAGGCAAUAGCCCAAGCCAAAGUCUCCUUGCUUAUCCUUGGGUUCGUGGGCAGGUCUGAUGGUUUGAUUAGUUAUGGCUCCCUUGUGCUGCAGGGAUGUGGUCUAAAUGAUGGCCACCCGUGUUUUCGAAGGCUAGGUGUUGCGCGUCUGUCGCGGCGUGAAGCAGAGCAAUCGCCGCCUCCGGGAAGUGAUCCGUCAUGGCAGCAGCGGGUCAUCCGUCUCAUCUGA